AUGCUGACUGAUGAAGAGACAGUUUCAAGGUCAUUGCCUAUUUCGUACAUUGAAAAUCUCCCGGACGAAUGUUUAAUCGAAAUUUUUACUUAUUUGACAAGUAACGAGCUUAAAAAUGUGACUGUAACUUGCCGUACCUUAGCAAAUGUUGUCAAUUCAUCAUCGAGAUUGAUGAAAAGCUUUUUUAUGGUUGUGACAAGAAAGAGAAAGUGGGAUUUUGGAACAAUGUCGGUGCUGCAAAGAAAGCAUCAAGCUUUGGUUUUCUUUGACUACUCAACUUUAGAGGAAUCCUUGGAUGAUGCGCUUAUUAAUGGACUUGAAAAUAUUGGUGCCAAUAUUAAGACAUUGGAGUUUAAUGAUUGUAGCUUGAAUGCAAGUGACUUUGUCCAUAUCCUUGAAAUGACAAAUAAUUUGAAAAACUUAAAAGUUUUCAAUUCUAAAAUUCUAGGAAGUGUCUAUAAAUUUCUAGAUCUUAAACAUUUAAAUAGUUUAAAAAUUAUAAAAUCGGAAGUAUCUUACGAAAUAUUCAGUAACGUGCGAAGUUUACAAAACAUCGAAAUUGAAACUCACGAAACAAAUAACGUUGAUCUGACUCAUUUUCAGAAAAUUUUGUUUUGUCAAUUGAAAUUAAAAAACUUGACUCUAGUCAAUUUAAGACUCUCAAAUUUAUUUGAUACUAAAAUGUACAGUUCAUUUCAAUUAGAAUCUUUAAAACUCAUUCAGUGCCAUUUUCGUCAUAAAGAAAAUUUUGAGAUAUUUUUAGAAAAUCAGAUGUCGUUGACAGAUAUAGAAUUAUCACUAAGUAAUAUGAAAUUAUCUCUUGAUAGAAUGCGAUACUAUGACAGCAUUAUCGCAUGUCUGAUGAGGAAAUACACGCUUACAUCAUUGACUUUAAAUAUAGAAGAAUAUAAAUUCGCAAGUUUUAGUUUUAUGGAAGGAUGUCAAGCUAGAGAAUUAAGUUUAAGAUCUAAAGAUACAAAUUUCUCAUCUUCACCAUUUUUAAAAUAUUUUCCAUUAUUGGAAUCAUUAGAAGUAGACAUUAAGGAGCUUAAUGAUGAGAAUCUCGAAAUCAUAAAUACAUCGACUAGAUUAUUUACUUUAAAAAUAAUAAAUAUUUCAAGCGAUUGCUUUGGAAAUGUCAAAAAUAAAAAUAUUGAAUCACUUUACAUUCACGAGACAUUGAUCGAUCAAUGUGACUGGAAAAAAUUCAUUGAGAAUAACCCCCAAAUAAUAAAACUUGUGAUACGAUUUUCAUUUCUGAUGGAUUUUGAUGUAAAAUUUCUCGAAUACAUAACACAAAAGUUGAAUCUUGUGCAUAUAGAAUUAAUUGAUAGAUAUGUAGGUUUUGAUAAUGAAAUUUAUAAAAUGAUUUGUGAGAAUUGUAAAGGAUUAAAAUAUAUAAAAUUAUGGAAUAUUAAUAUUGAAAAGAAUUUCGAUGAGCUUGAUAAGGAUUUUUUGAGGAGGAAAAAUAUUAAAUUUCAUUUGUACAAUGAUGAAUCUCUGAAUAAACCAAUGAUUCCAUUCUAA